AUGGCGAAGCUCCGAGGUACCAGGCUGGGUGCGUUCCGCGCCUACUCCUUUGGGUUCUUCAUCUGUCUGUCCGGAUUUCUGUUCGGAUAUGAUACCGGAAUCGUUGGCGGCGUUUUAACGAUGGAGAGUUACAAGCGUGACUUUGGUUACACAGACAACACGACAGUUGCUGCCGUCAUGGUCUCUCUCCAGAAUGUUGGUGCUUUCCUGGCCGCUCUUGGCAUCUUCCCAAUCAGUGAACGAUUUGGAAGGAAGAAGACCAUUCAAGUUGCUUGUAUCGUCUUCAUCCUUGGCGUGAUUCUGCAAGUCAUCCCCUCGCACUCUUUGGUUUGCUUCUACAUCGGUCGGUUUGUUGCAGGACUUGGGCUUGGUGGAGCUACUGCGGUUGCUCCCUCCUACAACGCAGAGCAGGCGCCAAAGGAGAUUCGAGGCAAACUCGGGAGCGGAAUGCAAUGGCUGUUUGCGCUUGGUGUGAUGAUCUCCUACUGGGUGGACUACGCUACGGUGAAGAGUCUCCCCGUUUCUUCCGCACAGUGGCAGAUACCUGUCGGUCUGCAAAUCGUUCCCGCAUUCAUCCUUGGCUUCGGACUUUUCUUCCAAAAGGAGAGCAUUCGAUGGUUGGCAAAGAAGGGUCGCUAUGACGAGGCACUCGCCAACCUGAAAUGGAUGCGUGCUGACGACAGCCCGGAGGUCAUGGCCGAGUUCAACGAAAUCAAGACUUCAUUGGUGGAGGAAUCCCGUGCUCGCGAGGGAUUCAGCCACCGAGAGCUUCUCGAGCCCGCAAAUCGGUACCGCCUAUCUCUUGCCGUUGGAGUCUUCCUUGGCCAACAGUGUACCGGAAUGACGGCACUCGCCUACUUCGGGCCCCAGUUCUUCAAGCUGCUCGUUGGAUCUUCUUCGUCGAACCUGCUCCUCAUUACAGGUCUAUUUGGUGCCGAGAAGUUCAUCAUGGUUGGAACCUAUAUCCUCUUCUUUAGCGAGAUGUGGAAUCGUCGGCCCACGCUUUGGGUUGCGGCGCUAUUGAUGUCGGUCUGCUUCCUCAUCGUCACGGUGAUCAACAAUACCACGCCAGUACCCAUCGCCAACAGUGCCUCCCCAGCUGGGAUCGCUACUGUCGCCAUGAUCUUCCUUACCAACUCAAUCUACCAGUUCAGCUGGGGUCCGGUUCCGUGGCCCUAUGCUUCGGAAAUCUUUCCCUCUCGAAUCCGUGAAGUCGGCACAUCGGUCGGUGUCAGCACACAGUGGCUCUUCAACUUUUUGUUCUCUUUGGUAACGCCAUACAUGAUCGCAGCAUGGGGAAGCUAUGUUUUCCUCUUCUAUGCCGCUCUCGAUGUCAUCAUGGCCGGCCUUGUCUAUUUCUUCCUCAAAGAGACAAAGGGACGCUCUCUGGAGGAGAUUGAAAGCUUGUUUGAAACCAGAUCUGCUUCGGAGGUUGAGGACGCGCGGACGAGAGCACUUGAUAGGAUCAGUGAGGACGAUGUCGCUGAUGUCCAUGUUACCGGGAAGGUCGAUAGACGUUGA